AUGGAGGCGGGUGAAAUUUUGCCGAUUGACUGCUGGCAAUCUAUAUUCAAUCAUCUUGACCAUGAUGGUUUGGAAGCUGUAUCUUUAGCCUGCAAGGAUUUCUUGACAAUCCCAAAUAUUUACAAACACAGUUUACAAGUUAUUCACCCUGGAGUUGAUAUGCUUUCUAAACAACUCAAUAGAUUCAAACAACUCAAAAGUAUCGAUCUGAAACCGUUUACAGGUGAUUUAGACGAGGUCAUUCUUGAGAUUGCUCGCUCUGACAUUAGUCUUCAAGUUCUCGAUAUUUGCCAUCGGUAUGGACUCAAGGCUGAAAGUCUCAAAGAGUUGGGUUCCAAUUCAAAGAUGAAAAAUUUAAAGGUUUUCAACUGUUUGAUGCGUGACAGUAAUUUGCAGGACAAUGAUCUUGUGGUAAUAGCUAAUUCGUUUCCAAAUUUGGUAGAACUCGAUCUUAAAAUUUUUAACUUCUUGCCGAACAAGUGUUUGGCUAAUGACAGUUGUUCUACAUGGUUUCCUACUGAUGCUGGGGUUGAAAUUCUGGCAUCUAAACUUAAGCUGUUAAAGAAAAUUUGCAUCUACGGAGAACAUUAUAUUUCAGAUCGAUCUGUUGUUGCUUUAGCAUCAAAUUGUGUUUUUCUACAAGAUUUUACUUUGUGGUGUUACAGAAACAAUGGGGUGACAGAAAAGGGCAUUGGUUUUCUCCUUCGGAAUAGGCCAAACUUGGAAGCUCUUUCGAUUGGAAAUAUCAAGAUGGAUUCUCCACUGUCUACAAUCACUAUUGAACAUUCAAUUAGCCAUGCCAAAGCCUUAACUUCUCUCGAGUUUUCCAGGAUGGAUGUUUCAGACAUGCUUCUUAUCGCAGUUGCAAAGGCAGAGCUUCGGUUAACCAAAUUUGUGCUCCAUUUUUGCAAGAAAUUUACGGUUACGGGGUUACUUAUGGUUUUAUCUAACUGCCAGCUCACUAAGUUAGGCAUUGUUGAAUCUGAUAUUGCAGAUGUGGACAUGGAACUUGUUUUAAGCAGAGAUGUAAGCAAACUCACCCACAUAGAAAUCAAACGAUGCCAGGUAACAAGUUCAACAUUGUUCCUACUAUCAACUAGGUGUCCUUCACUAUUAGAAAUCAGAAUGAAACAAAUAGCCCUGGAUGGACAGAUUAAUGACGGCGGCAAUAAUUUUCCAUUGUUAAAAAACCAUAGUGUACAAAAUCUUUGUCUGAAACAUUGCAGAAUUAGUGAUAAAUUGGUCAAACAAUUGGGACUUAUUUUCCCCAACUUAAAGGUUCUUGAUUUGAGCUACUGUUGCCGAUUCACAAGCACUGGCAUUGAAGCCAUUUUGAAAAGUUGCAAGCUUAUUCGAAAACUGAUACUAAGAGAAUACUUGAAUAAAAAGAUCAUUGAGGAAGAUAAUUCAGAGCUUCCAGAAGUGAAUUUGGAGGAUUUAAGUCUAAGUUGGACAGGCAUAGAUGAUAAAGGGCUUGCAGCAAUAGCAAAGAGAUGCCCUCGAUUGGUGUCUUUGGAAGUGAGUCAUUGCGACUAUGUGACAACGGAGGGCAUAAAGCAAAUCGUCAAUAACAUCACAACUUUGAAGUACUUAUAUAUGCGUGGCUGUGAUGGUGUAAACUCUGGUGAUUUGUUGGAAUGGAUGUUAUCUACGGGCAACUUGGCUUCCCUCAAGAAAAUAUAUCUUGGACAAAAUACUUUCACCGAGGAACAGAUGGACCAAUUCUCACACCGCGGUUGUUUGCUUCGCUAA